AUGUGUGCAGACGGCCAAGUAUUGCCUCUGUCAUCUCGGACUCGCGUCUUUGGAUCGCCGAUUUGGCGUUCAUUUCUUCCACACCCAGUGGAUGAUGAGUCGUCUUAUAAGCGGCGCUUUGAUAUGUUGUCUAACUCUCUCACGAAGCGCGGAGGCCCCUAUCCGGCCACUACAGCUGGCAUGGGAGGCUCGCCCACCAUUGUCCCCGAUAUCCCGGUGUGCGCUGUCUUCAUGUGUCUCUACAUCGGGUUUGCAGCGACCAACAUGACAAUUUUCCAAAAGAACCGUCGCCGAAAGCACAAGUUCCUACCCUCCGGAAUGUUAUUUGGGUUCUGCAUGGCACGCAUCACGACCUUGAUCCUCCGCAUUGUCUGGGCCACACGACGCCGAAAUGUCCGACUUGCCAUUGCUGCCCAGAUCUUGGUGAAUGCUGGCGUCUUGCUCAUCUACAUCAUCAAUCUGAUUCUCAGCCAACGGAUCCUGCGUGCAAUGCAGCCGCGAUGGGGCUGGCAUCCUGUUAUCCGCAACGGAACGAGAAUUCUCUACGGCCUCAUCGGGGGAGCGCUCGCUAUGGUGAUCACAUCCACCGUCGUCUCAAUGUAUACCCUGAACCCCGACACGCAUGCCUCCUGCCUUGACGUGCAGCGGGCGGGCCUAACCUAUCUUCUGGUCUUCACCUGCGUUCCACUGCUCCAAAUCGCGCUGGCGGUCCUACUCCCCCGCUCUGACCAGGAGGAGACGUUUGGAGAGGGCGCAAUGACCAGCAAGAUAGUGAUCGUGACGGUCUCUGCCUGUGUCUGCAUUUUGAUCGCCGGCUUCAAAGCGGGAGUCACCUGGAGCCCCCCGCGACCGUUGGCACAUCCUGCGUGGUACCAUUCCAAGGCUUGCUUCUACGUCUUCAAUUUCACCCUGGAGAUUCUGCUUCUCUGCUUGUUGACAGGCACUCGCAUUGACAAGCGCUUCUUCAUCCCGAAUGGUUCGACUCGUCCCGGGGACUAUUCAAGGUUGAUGAAAGAGGCAGAAAGCUGUGGCGGACUGUAUCAAGAAACUAAGGAUAGUGGUAGUUCGCGUGGUUAAAACUACAAAGUCGAGCUUGGACAGCUAGGGGUGUUAUCCUGUUGAGCCGUUUUGUAUUGUACCCUACAGAAAUAGAUGUUCGG